ACUUUCACGCAAUGCCAAGCUAUCCUUCUCCUAUAUAUAUAUAUAUAUAUAUGAUAACUCUCCUUAUCAGUAACUAUGCAUGUAAUCCAAAGCUGGCAUGGUACUUGCAAUAUUGGGGGAAAAUGGUGAAGGCAUAUACCGUUCUUAUGGCCCUUUGCAUGGUAAUUCUGUUUUCUUGCAAUGCCGUGGAGGGUGGAGCAUACAUGAGGCAUGAAGCACUUUCUCGCAAAGGUCUAAAAGAACAAAGAAAGCUAGCCACUAUUAGUGGACUGAAUCCUUCAGUUAGCAAUUUGUCAGGUCAGGCAUCUAGCAACGUUAAUGGUGUGAACAACAAUAACUCUGAAAGCACAAAUACUAAUAUGCCGGACGCCGGUACAGCUUAUACCCCGAUGACUUCCACUACCACAGAUUCCCACCAUGACCUCUCAGUUGAUCAGUACCGCAGGAUUACUCACAACAAUGAGAAUAAGCCGUGAUGAAGGAUUCAUAUGUCAGGGCACUCAGUAUCAACCAUGCAUAAGAAUCUAUGGAUGGAACCAUCUAUCUAGUUUGCAACUUUAAUCGUAAUUAAGUUGUACUUGUGUGUAUUUCUAGAACAAACUUGUAUUAUAAGAUGCCUACUUUGUGUAACAACGGUAUAUAUUUUCCAUGUACUAUGAAUCCAUCUCAAGCAGUGGAUUCUCAAGGUUUUCCUAUGCUCAUGAAUAAUGUACCAUAUAUAUUGGACUAGUACAAAUAAAGCAUGUUUAUAGUCCACAGUAAUGGUAAAAUUCCGAGUUAGGGUUACAGCAA